CAGACAGCGGAGAUCAGCUGACCUGUCAAACACAUAACGCAGUCUGGGUUUGUUUUGGUUUUUCCUUUUUUUUCUAAACCGCACGCUGAGCUACAGACAUGGCAGCCAAAAUGGAGCUUGCUCCUCUCAGACCAUGGGAUGACUUCUUUCCCGGAGCGGACCGGUUCUCCAAACCAGAGUUCGGGGAUUUAACCAAGUGGAAYAACAAAGUGAUCAGCAAUUUGAUGUACUACCAGACGAAUUAUUUUGUUGUCGCUUUGAUGGUUUUCCUCAUUGUGGGGUUCCUGAAUCCCUUUGGCAUGUUUCUGGGUGGUGCCGUGGUGUCUCUGGUCUUCGCUGGUUCCGUGUGGGCCGGGGAAAACAAGCCCACAAUCAAGAACUUCAAGAGGAAGUAUCCCACUCUGUUUGUGAUUGGCGUUAUGGCCACAAGUUACUUUGUGCUGUCGCUGUUUGGAGGUGUCAUGGUCUUCAUCUUUGGAAUCACUUUUCCUUUGCUGUUGAUCCUGAUCCAUGCAUCUCUGAGGCAGCGCAACAUGAAGAACAGGCUGGAGAACAAGAUCGAAGACGUCGGGCUGAAGAAGACCCCGAUGGGCAUGAUCAUGGAUCUCCUCGACCAGCAGGAGGAGAAGAUUAACAAGAUCCAGGAUUUUAUUGAGAAUAAACUGCAGUAAUGCUCGCGCCAGCCGAGUGCYAAAGACAGCAAGCGUACAGAAGGGUGUGAAGUGGUAUAAAGGRUAUAAAGUGGUUACAAUGUUUCAAUAUUUUUCCUUGCACAUGUAAAAUUACUGAUACUUGCAUUUCCACAUUUUAUUAUUUUUAGUUUUAGAUUUUAUGUGUUGGUGUUAGCCGUCACAAUAUAAACUGGAAUGUUGUGUUAGCAGGAAGUUGAGUCAUUGUGCCCUACCUAGGGUUUGAUAGUCCAAAGUGCAGACAUCUCCAAAAUCUACUCCUUGUAUUGAUAUGUACUUCAUUGUAUAUGAUGAYUAUUUAUUUUAGCUAAGUUAUGUGAAAGAGCUCAUCAAAAAUAAGUAGAGAUGCUAAAAUGUGUUGUAAAAAUCAUUUUUCUCUGUUUGCUACUUCACAAUAAGCAAGUUUAAUCUGAAUUUGUAAACCCAUAUCAUGCCAAUUACAGAGGCCCUCRAACKUGUACASUUUGGUAAAGCCAGGUUUUUGCUAGAUAACAUUAUUAGAAAUGAUUUUAACAUUGGAACAUUUUACAGAUUUUAUGCAACAAAUAUCCUGCAAAGUUCAACUUUAAAAAAAAAAACUAAACAAAUGUUUGSAUUCUAAAAAUGUUACAUGUGACAUGAUUUAUCAGAAGUAUAAUUUAGGACAGCAGCAAUAGAAAACCCUUUGUAGCAUAUACUGAGGUGCUGUGGAAAAACAAAGGAAAAGAGCGAUGUUACAGACAUUGAUAUGCAUUUCUAAAUUAAACUUGUAAAAGGAAAUUGUUCAGAGAAGCCAUUUAAAAGUCAGCAAAUUCUGUUUGUGUUUUCGUAUGUGAUAAAAAUCUGUAUUUUCACACGUCUAAGGAGGAGGAGAGGAAAACAGAAUCAGUUAAGCUCCAGAUCCACCUAAAAUGUCCUAUAGCCUAGUUGGAGAAUAUAUGGUCCACAAUUCACAUUCACUCUUACGAAUGCGCAUGUGUUUAAUCUGAUUUAAACAUUUAAAGUCAAGAUUUUAAAAUGCUUCAUCAUAGAACAAUCUUCUAAAUCACAAAGCUCUGGAAUUAAGAGGAGUGUGUGCACUUUUGAGAGCCACUAGAUGAAGCCAAACCCCAUUCAUCUGCUGGAUGGAUGUAAGAGCUUAAAUAUACUGAUCUGAGACCAGUUUGUUGAUUUGGAAAAUUAGCUUUUGUUGCCUGAAAAAAAUUACAGGUGUGUUGACUUAUUAUUAUUAUUAUUAUUAUUAUCUAUUUGCAUACAGUUCCUGGCCAAAUCGCCUAAACUGAGUAUAUACCCUCUAACAGCAGCUAUGCAAUACCAAAAACGAAUGGCGAGUGCAUCUUAAAUGUAUUAAUAUAAAGUCAGUAUGUUCAAGCCUAUUUAUUCCAGUGCAGUUUUGUUAAAAUAAAAGCAUGCCCAAAUCUUCAAAUGGCAGCAACACCUGACUGAAUAUAUGACGGCAGACAUCUUGUUCUGUUUUAACUUUUUGGUCAAAUUAAGCCUGUACYUGUAGUACGUAUCUGUAUAUACCGCUUAUGCUGACAACUAACAUUUAUUGUUUUGCUGUUUGUGAAUGCACACUGGCUGAAAGCUAAUGCAUGUCUACAGAUGGAACAUGGGAAAAUUUUGGAUGUGUUAUAGAUGUUACUAGACACUGUAACAUUUCUAGAUGACUAUAUUUCCUUAUUUUAAAAGAUGUUCAUGAAAAUUGUUGGCACCUGAAAAAAAAGACACAUUUGUUCUCUGUAAGUUUAACUUCAUUUGCACAAUCAUGGUGUGGAUAUGAAGCUAUUUAAAAAGGAUUUUGUUCUUGGUUCUUACAUUUUCUGUAUAUGAAAGCAAAUCAUUAUUAAAAUAAACAUAUAAUCAUUUAAAGAUUUA